CUCUCUCUCUCUCUCUCUCUCUCUCUCUCAAUAAACUAGCAAGUAGCCAUGGCUAGCUAUGUGGAUCCCCUUGUGGUAGGGAGGGUGAUAGGCGAUGUGGUGGACCUCUUUGUUCCCACCAUGAGCAUGUCUGUGAGCUACGGAUCGAAGCAUGUCAACAACGGCUGUGACGUGAAGCCGUCCAUGGCUAUCAACCCUCCGACUGCCCAAAUCGCAGGCCAACGAGCCGAUCUCUAUACUCUGGUGAUGACUGAUCCGGAUGCACCCAGUCCUAGUGACCCCACCAUGAGGGAGUGGCUCCACUGGGUGGUGGUUAAUAUACCAGGUGGAACGGAUAUCUCCCGAGGGGAGGAGGCGGUGGCGUACAUGGGACCACGGCCGCCGUUGGGGAUCCACCGCUAUGUUCUGGUGCUGUUCCAGCAGAAGUCACGGUUCUCGAUGGGGGCGGGGGUGUCUCUGCCGGCGUCUCGUGCCAACUUCAACACCCGCGCCUUCGCCGCCCGGCAUGACCUUGGCCUCCCCGUCGCUGCGGUCUACUUCAAUGCACAGAAGGAGCCUGCCAACCGCCGCCGAUGAAUGCCCCCUCCAAUUCAUCCAUCUUGCCAUGCAUUCUCAUCACAAUAUUACGUACUCUGUGCUUUAAUCUUUGGUGCUCUCUCUCUUAGUUUGUGGAACUCCCUUCAUUAAAUUAAGACCUCUAUAUGCUUUCAUGUUGAGGAUAUGGUGUUGGUGACUGUCAAUAUAAACUAUUUUUAUGUUGAAUGUGGAA